GCAGCUGUAAUAUGUAAACAAGUUUGUAUACUGUUUUAACUUUUUAUUAAAGAAUCGUCAAACUUGAUUUGAAAGCAAAUAAUGCUCAACAAUAUAAUGUCAACUGAUUCAGUUUUCAAACCUUCAAUGUUUUUAUUAAGUUACAUUUCUAAUCUGAAAAGUAAAGCCUUUAUUUGGUAGAAAUUCACUAAAUUUUUAGUUAAUCUGUUUGUGGGAUUUCAGUUAGUGUUGAAUCCAAGAAAAUAUAUUUAAUGAUGUCUGUUACACCAAAAUUACACAGGAAGCUGAAGACUUCAAAACACGCCACUGUGUCACUGGACUCCUUACUGGGACUAUUAUCCUCUGCUUAUGGUAUUGAAGAGUUGGACUCAGCAGUUUUGUUUGAUAAGAACAAAGUAAACUGGAAAAAUUUAACUGUCGAAAAUUUAAAGGCCAUCGUGAAGAAAGAAGAAACCGGAGAUGACCAGAGGAAGGAAUCGGAAAAGAUAAGUGUUUCAACUUCGACAACGAGCCUGAAGAAAAACAAAGGUAGUGGGAGAGAGAUUGAUGUGACACUUGUUUCCAUCAAAAGUCUAGAAAGUUUUAAACAAGCGCUAGAUAAAUCUGGAUCAGACAUAAACACAACAGACAUCACUAAGAUAGAAGCCACUGUAGAUGGUAAACAAACAACUGAUGAGAAAGCCAAAGAGGAUGUGAAGCAGACAGAUAAGAAUUCCAACAAAGAUUGUAAUAAUAUGGACAUAAAAGAGCAGCCAAUAAUUUGUGGAUUUUUUAUUGACGAUAUCAAUCAAAAACUGGUUUUCGACAUUCAGUUCACCAAGAAGACCAAGAAAAGUGAAAUGAUUCCGGAUUUCAAUUUUAAUGAACCUGAAGUAUCUAUAAAUGUUACCGAUAUAUCAAAGCGUGCUACAUCGUGUGUGAAAUUAACAAAGUCUUGUUUGGUUUCAAAUUUUCAGUACUUUGCUGAGGUAGAUAAGGAGUACGGAUUGGAAAAUCUUGACGUCACUUUGGAGUGCAAUUUAAAUGUUUUUCAGUGGAUCGUCCAAUGGGUGAAAGCAGAUAUCGUAAUGUGCAAGCCAAACUUGAAUUUGAGUAUUCUAAAAAACAUACUGUCAAUGGUGUAUCAUCUCAGGGUAGAAAAUUUACUAGAAGAAUGUCUGGACUACUUUCAUGCAAAUUGUGAAAAUGCAUUGGGGAAUGAUAAUGAUAUUGAAUAUGUUUUCGAUGAUGAGCUUCUAUCUAAAUACACAAGCUGGAUCUCCAACUCAGAACUUGAUGAGAUGAAUGAUAAUUUCAGUAGUUUUAAGAUGAAAAUGUUCUGUUCUCUCAUAAAACUUUUGGUCGACCCAAAUCCAAGUACAGCUGUCGGUCACUUUUCUUCUCUGGCAACGAUAUUUCAGUGUGGUAACUGUGACAAGUUUCUGCAAAAGAACAUGGUAGAUUAUAUCACUUGCAGGAGCGACUGCAUGCAGAUGGACUACAACGGAGAGUUAAAACCUCAUCACGAGCAGUCGUCCUCAUGGGAUCUGUCGAGAUACAUAGAACUGAUGUUCGAAGAGUUGGGAAGUUGGAGAGUUGUGUACUGGCGGUUGUGGGGUAUGUGUCACUUCUUGACCUGCAACGAAUGUUAUCUUCCCUACCCACUAAGUCAAAGUGACUGGUGUCCGUAUCAUACGACCGAAGUGGAGUAUUUUCCAAUGAAUUCUAAUCUCUUCUACCCGAUUGGGAUGUACCAGUGUUGUGGAGAAAAGGCAUUCAAGUUCAAUACACUUCAACCGUACGGAGGUUGUAAGUUUAGAAGUCAUACACCCCGUUUGGAUUCAGAAGAAAGGAUAAGAAUUUUUGAAAUAUUUCUGAAACAUAAGCACUACAUAAGUAUUCAACCUGUUGAGAACGUUGGUCCAAAGAAAUUCGUCAAAUUAUUGAAAAGGAAUAGUGAUGUUCUGACACUUCAAGAUGAUACGCAUGUUGAUAGUUUUUGGUGGCAAGGGAUACUGCUAGCUCCCAAGGUGAAGAAAGAUUACUCAGUAAUCCCCAUGAAUGUCUUAAACCACGUGAGAAAUAGACCACAAGAAAAUAAAUGUUUGAAGAUUUGCAAACCUUUAAGUUUUGAAUCACAAGUACAUUUCGGUGUGAUGCCAUCUUCUACGACAAUAUUGGUUGUUGAGAAAACGAUGAGCGAGAAUGAAACAAUGCGGUACAAAAAGAACAAAGCAAAAUCAUCAAUUCGCAAAGUGAAGUCAAAUAUGGUCGCUGGUACAGGAGUAAAACUGAAGAAGAAAAAAUCAGUGUGCUCUUAUCAACCUACAGAGUCUGUGUGGUCAAACUGUGAGACCAAUAAGGAUAACCAGGACAACCAAAGGGACUUCGAGGAGAUAGCAAUGCGGAGCCUGGUGAACAUGUUGACUCCAGAGUUCCAGAGAUUCACUGGAGACUCGGUUGCCGGCAGUUAUCUCCGCCUGGAAGCCCAGUGGUGGCAGGAGCACUCUGGAGAUGCCAGAUCUGGAAAGAACUCAGGGACAGUUGUAAAUCGCACCUUCCCUCUCUCAUGGUACAGGAGGCUUACUCUCUGAAUUGGAUUUUGGCUGUCUUCAAGAUUAAAUUAUUAUUAUAAAUAGAUUUUUAUGUCAACUAGUUAUUUAAUCAAAUGUGCUAAUGUUAAUGUAAAUUUAUGUUAUAUUGA